UUAUAACUUUUUACUGAAAUUUAUUAGCAAAUAUUGAAGAUUUUGAUGAGAAAGAAAAUGGGGAAAUAAAAUGCAAAGAAUGAAGAGAGAGAAUUUGAAUGGUGGUUCAUUUUUUUUUAGUGUAGUGUAUGGGGUAUAGAUGGUUACUGUAGCAACUUGCAAGUGGAUAAUAUAUGGGAAGUGAGGAGUUAGUGGGAGGAAGGGUAAAACGGUACCGUUUUGCAUGGGGGUGUAGGUAGUAGACCCUACACUAGGGUCUAGUGUUCACUUAUUAUGGCCUAAGUUGACAAAGAUUUCGGGCGAUGGGCCGAAAUCCAAAACCUAAGAAAGGAGCUCGAUGAGGUGUACCUUCGUUUAAUCGAGGCCCGAAAAGAAAUAAUAAAAAAUGAGAAGGAAGAAAAAAUGGUACAAUAUUGUUAUGUUGAUUCUUUAUUAGAGUUGGAUAUUCCAAAUGAAGAUGUAGAGGGAGGGGUAAGAAAAUUGAUGGAUAAUGAAGUGGUAAGUUUGUGCAAUGAGUUUAUUAAUGCUAGUACAGAUUUACCUACAACUGAGUUAGAGUGGACCAUGGCUAAUUUAGUUAAAUACCCACAAGUACAAGCCAAACUAGUGGAAGAGAUCAAACUAGUUCUUGGGCCCGAGCGAAGGUCCAAUGUUCUAAAGGAAGAUUUGGAUCAUAUGCCCUUUUUAAAGGCCACUAUAUUAGAAGUCCUACGACGCCACCCCCCGGCCCACAUGGUUAUACCCCAUCGGGCCGGGUUGGAUAUUGAAAUUGGUGGGUAUAUGAUACCCAAGAAUGCGGCUAUUAAUGUCUUGGUGGCAGACAUUGGGCGUGACCCGAAUGUGUGGGAGGCUCCAAUGGAGUUUAACCCGGAUAGGUUUUUGGUGAAGUCCGGUUUGGGUCAGGACGAAAAAAUUAGUGUAAGUUUUGAUGUGGCUGGGAGGAAAGAGAUCAAAAUGAUGCCUUUUGGAGUAGGAAGAAGGAUGUGCCCGGGGAAUGUGUUGGCUAGGAAGAAUUUGGAAUACAUGGUGGCUAAUUUAGUUUGGCAUUUUGAGUGGAAAGCAAUUGAUGGUGAAGUUGUAGAUUUGGAUGAGAAGGAAGUGUUUACAAUUAUGAUGAAGAAUCCUUUGAGGGCCUUAAUUUCACCUAAAUUAUGA